AGCUGAGCUUGCUGUCUAAGUCACUGGUUCCUGGAAUAUAUAAAGCAAGACUGAAGACUGCGAAGGGGCUUUCAGACGGGCCACAGUCAACACGGGCAGCUGCAGACACUCGCCAUGCAGUGGACCUUGCUGCUGCUGCUGCUGCUGCUGAUACUGCCAUGGCCGCACCAGACCCUGGGGCGGCCAUCCCAGCAGAAGGUGCCCCUCUUCCGCCUCACUCAGCGGAAUCCCCGGGACGACGGUGACAGCAAUGCCACCGCCGCCGCCACCACCACCGACUCGCCCUGUAAAGGCCUCUCCCCCACCGUGGGGCCCGACGCCUUGACGCUGGCGAACCGCGGCCUGGAGCACCUGCCCGGCUGCCUGCCGCGCACGCUGCGCAGCCUGGACGGCAGCCACAACCUGUUGCGCGCCCUGAGCGCGCCCGAGCUGGGCCACCUGCCCGAGCUGCAGGAGCUGUCGCUGCGCCACAACCGCAUCGCCGAGCUGCGCUGGGACGCGGGGAUGCCCGCCGCGCUGCACACGCUGGACCUCAGCUACAACCUGCUGGCCGAGCUGCCCCCGUGCGCCGGGCCCGCGCUGCGCCGCCUCCGCGUGCUGGCGCUCGCCGGGAACCCGCUGCAGGUGCUGCGGCCCCGGGCCUUCGCCUGCUUCCCUGCGCUGCGGAGACUCAAUCUCUCCUCCAGUGCGCUGGGCCGCGGCGAUCAAGGGGGCAUCGCCGAAGCUGCGUUCACCGGAGCCGCUGGCCAGCCCCUGGCCACCCUCGAGGUCCUGGACCUCAGCGGAACGGACCUGGAACGAGUUGAGUCUGGAUGGAUCAGAGACCUGCCAAUGCUCACCUCCCUCUAUCUGAGGAAGAUGCCCAGGCUGCGAAUCCUGGAGGGAGACAUUUUUAAGAUGACCCCUAACCUGCGGCUGCUAGAUUGUCAAAAUUCCCCAGCACUUUCUUCUGUCUACACACACAUCUUUCAAGACACUCCUUGCCUGCAGAUGCUUCUACUCCAGAACUGUAACUUGAGUUCCUUUCCUCCUUGGACGGUGAAUUCCUCCCAGGGUCUAUCUGUCAGCCUCUUUGGCAACCCUCUCAUUUGCAGUUGUGAGCUGUCCUGGCUCCUCAUGGAUGCAAACAGAACUUUCCUAAGCAGGGCUGCAGACACGGUGUGCACCCCAGCUGUGGGAUUUGAAAGUCCCUUCUCAGCUCCCGUGUCCCUCUCCCAACUGCCUGGUAUGUGCAAGUCCAGCCAAAGCACCACCCCCCUGGCUUCCGCCCUUCAUCCCUUCCACAGCUCAGCCUACAUAUCUUCAACACAGGGUCUCUCCACUGAGCAGAGCAUAGACCGCUCUGUUCAGCCCACAGGAGGUCAGCAGAGUGUCACCAAGGCCCCGUCCCACACUGUGGCUCCCCUCACACAAGCUUCGUGGAUGCUCAAGGAUGCUGGGAAAGGGACCACCCCAUCCACUACCAACUCCACAGCAAGUGAUAACAACAGGAAUGAUCCACCCAGAGCUGCCAGCACCGCAGGGUUGGAGCGUGCAGAGCAUGCUGACAGGCUCAGCCUUGAGCCUGGUACCUCGCCUGCCUCUCUGCCUCUGACCGGCAAACACCGCGAUCCAUUCCCUACCUCAGGGAAGUCCACAAGCACAUCUCAGCCUCACCAGAGGACGCAGGGUCCUCAUCUGAGUACUCAGGAGGUUGAGAUUCCAGUCUUCCUGUUGGAUGAUGACUAUGAGGAAGAGGAGGGGAGCAAGGAAGAGCUGAGAGCCGCUGACCAGAAUGUUCUUUGCGAUUACCAUCCCUGCAAGCAUCUGCAGACCCCGUGUGCAGAGCUGCAGAGGCGCUCCCGGUGCCUCUGCCCUGGCCUCAGCAGGGAAGACACCAUCCCAGACCCUCCGAAGCUACAGGCCGUGUUGGAGAUGACAGACUCAUCAGCCCUCAUCCACUGGUGCGCCCCCAAUUCAGUGGUGCUUGGAUACCAGAUCCACUACUCUGCAGAAGGCACGGCAGAGAACCAUUCGGUGGUGGACAUCUAUGCCACCGCCAGGCAACACCCCCUGUAUGGGCUCUCACCAGGCACCACGUACCAUGUGUGCGUGCUGGCCGCCAAUCGGGCAGGCCUGAGUCCACUGCCAGCCUUGGGCUGGAGGAGGCCAUGUACCACCUUCACCACCAGGCCCAGCUCCAUGGGCAUCUUCGCUGGCCUGUGUGCCACCAGCAGCCUGCUUCUGGUCAGCACCCUGGUGCUAGCCCUGUGUCUCUGCCGACAAUGCCACACUCUCAACAGGCAAAACUCCGACACACCACUGGUGGCUUUCAAAAACCACCAGUUUUUUUGAGCUACUAGGGAUGUAUUUCAGUAGUAGAACACUUACCUAGCGAAGCAUGAAGCCCUGGGUUGAUCUUUGGCAGCCAGAACAAACAACAAACCACUAAACUCCCAGACCAGCUCCCUUCUAGUGGAACUGGAUCUGCAUGCAGAAAGGAAGCUAGAGGAUCCCAAACUGGCCCCCUCACCUCUAAUUCCCCCAAAGCCAGUAGGUUGAGGGCACAGGUGAAGCCAUGCUGCUUCUCUGGCCAAGGAACAUUUUCUUUCUCUUUUUUUCUUUUUCUUUUGUUGGUCAUGGGGCUUGAACUUGGGGCCUGGGUG